UCUAAUAAUUACAAGCAACAUCUAAACAACACAAUAAACUAAAUAGAUCAUCCACUGUCUUAAGUGUCUCCUACAAAGGCAAGGUUUUCAGAUCUCCAAUUCUUGUAGCUCUUUUCAGAACUCUCCCCAGUUGUCUGCCCUUUUCCAGUUAUUAUUCCUAUUUGCUUCUGUAUUUGCUUUGCUUUCCUUCUUUUCUGCACAUCUCAGUAACGUUACCAGUUUCUUCAUUUUCCAUGGGUGAAACUCAUCCCUGUGCAGAGGGCCAGCACUGCCCAGUCUCACUUAAGUUCUUGGGUUUAAAUAGAUUUGGCUCCCUGGAUGGACAUACACCGAUUUACAUCUGCUGAGGAUCUGGCCCAGCAAUGUGUUGUGUCUGAAUAGUAGUGGGUCUGAUCCUCAGCUGUGACAUUCCUGCUGCCUGUUGCACAAUUCUGGUUGACACCAAGCAAGUAUUCAUGACAUUUCACUGGUAGAAUAAGGCUGAUUUCCCAAUCAAAUAAAAGAAACUGUUUUGAUAGCUGUUGGAUAUGCUGUGUCAUCUUCUUUUCACAGCUUACUCGCUCAAUUGCCACGUGUGCAACACCACAACUGCAAACACCUGCACGAAUCCCAUCAAUUGCUCAACAGCUGAUCAUUACUGCACAACAUUUAUUACAACCCACGCCUUGCAGUGUUACACAUGCCUGGAGCCGAUGAGCGCCUCCCUCUGCGUGACCAUCAGCAACUGCUCCACGGAUGACGUUGUGUGCAAGACAGUAAUGUACUCCCGAGAGGAAGUUUACCCCUUUGUGGGCGACUCAACCGUCGUCAAGUCUUGUGCUCAGAAAUGCAUCCCGUCCGACGUGGAUGAAAUCGGGAGCUCUCGCCCCACCUUCUGCUGUAACUCUGACUUGUGCAACCUGGAUGGGGCGGUCAGCAUACAAAUCAGCUACAUGGUGAUGGGGAUUUCAGCCAGUUUCCUCUGUGUCCUCCUCAGAACUGGGCUGUGAGGAGCCGGGCAGGUGAAGCCUUUACUCCCGAAGCACCACCCAACAAGAGCCAAGCCCCUCUUGGCUG